CUGAUGUCCCGGCGCAUUUACGGCCCCAUCUGGAAGUCAACCUUCGGGCACUACGAGAACAUCAACAUUGGGAGCCCGGUGGUGCUGGAACAGUUGCUACGGCAGGAGGGCAAGUAUCCCAUGCGGAGUGACAUGGCUCUAUGGAAGGAACACCGGGACACCCGGCGCCUGCCCUACGGACCCUUCACCGAGGGGGUGGUGGUGGGGGCCGUGGCCAACCUGCUCUACCGCUUCGCCCUGGAAGGGAUCUCCUACAUCCUCUUCGAGACCCGCAUUGGGUGCCUGAAGCAGCAGGUCCCCGCCGAGACCCAGCGCUUCAUUGACUCCAUCAACCUCAUGUUCAAGAACUCCAUCUUUGCCACUGUCCUGCCCCGAUGGAGCCGCAAAGUGCUGCCCUUCUGGGAUCGCUACCUGGACAGCUGGGACACCAUCUUCGCCUUCGGUAAGACCCUGAUUGACCGAAAGAUGGAGGAGCUGGAGGGGCAGGUGGAGCGGGGCAAGGAGGUGGCCGGCUGCCUGAGCUAUCUGCUGGGCAGGCUCAGCCUGGACGAGGUCUACGGCAGCGUGGCUGAGCUGCUGCUGGCCGGCGUGGACACGACCUCCAACACGCUGUCCUGGGCCCUGUACCACCUCUCCCGAGACCCAGGCAUCCAGGAAACCCUGUACCAGGAGCUGAAAGCUGUCGUGCCUCCUGACCGGUUCCCUGGUGCUGAGGAUAUCCCCAAGAUGCCGAUGCUUCGGGCCGUUAUCAAGGAGACGCUGAGGGUCUACCCUGUGGUGCCCACCAACGCCAGGGUCUUCUAUGAGAAGGACAUUGUCAUCGGAGACUACCUCUUCCCCAAGAACACCCUCUUCGUCCUGGCGCACUACGCCAUGUCCCAUGACGAGACCUACUUCCCCGAGCCCGAGCGGUUCCUGCCCCAACGCUGGCUCCGGGGCCACGGCUCCCCCCACCACCCCUUCAGCUCCAUCCCCUUUGGCUCCGGGGUCCGCGCCUGUGUCGGCCGCCGCAUCGCCGAGCUGGAGAUGCACCUGGCCCUCGCCCGGAUCAUCCAGGCGUUCGAGGUGCGGCCAGACCCCCGU